GGCUCGGCUGGGCUCGCCUCGGCUCUGCGCGGCCGCGGCGGGAGUUCCGCUCCCCGCACGCCCCGUUCUCGGCGGGGGCUCCGCGCACCUGCGGCGCGGCAGCCGCGCCUGCUUCGCCGCCUCCCGGUGCUGCGCCACGGCGUUGCACUGCGCGGCGUGGAGCCCGCCCGGCCGCUGCCGGAGCCGCGGGAUCCGUCGGGCUCCGGCACCCCCGGCACAGCGUCCCCGCGGGCGAGAGCAGCGGUCUGGGCUGCGGUGGCCCGGGCGAGGAGGGAAAUCCCGGCGGCGACUUCCCCGUCCCACGAGGCGGUAACGGGGCGCCCCGGACGGCACCGCAGGCUGCGGAGGCGAUGUGCGGGAGGACUCGCUCUCCGACACCGGGAAAGCCCUGCCUUGGAAGCAAGGCCCGCGGCGUGCGGUGUCGGGAACCGCCGUUACCGAUAUAGCGGGCAGAGUUCAAAAUGAAGCUCUGCCCUCUCUUCCUCUUCAUCUGAGACAAAAGAUAACUUGGAGCAGGCUCUUCAGUGAUAGUAGUUGCUGUGUGGUUGGGGAAAAAAGAAUAACAACAACAAAACAACUUCGUCGUAGUCCCUCUUCCUGAUUACUUAGUCCCUCUUUUUAUUCCUUCAAUUAAUAAGGAUAAAGAUGUGAACACUGAGGAGUCUGUGCUUUUGUGGUGGAGCAGCAAUGUUUGUGAUGCGUGAAAGCAGGGGUAUUUCAGGAACCGUAACUCUGGGUACACUAUGGAGGACUUACAGAUUCUUACAGAUUUAACUGCAAGCAUUAAAAUCAAGUUACCCUCUGAAAUUUCCAUAGUGUUCACAGAAUAACAGAGAGGAACUUGGCAUCCAGAUCAGAAGAAGUGAGUGGCCUUUUAGGAAGUUUUUUGUCACUCACAGUUGGUAUUUCUGUCUCUCUGACAGAAAGAACUACAGCUUUAAAUUGAGUUGGUAACCUUAUACUAAGACCAUUAUGGCUGAGAAACUCCAAGUGCCAUGAAAUGCAAGUUCCAUUUUUGCUGGGACCAAACAAUGUUUUUUGUUAGUUCCAACAGAGCUAUUUAACACCAGCAUAUAGAGAGAUAGUUCCAGCUGAAAAGGACCCAAAACAAUCACCUAGUCCAACUGCCUGACUGCUCCAGGGCUGACCAGAACACAAAGCCUGAUACUGAGGGCAUUGCCCAAGUGUCUCUAUUUAAGGCACUGGCAGGUUUGGGGCAUCAAUUCCAGGAAGCCUGCUCUAGUGUUUGACCACCGUCUUGGUAAAGAAAUGUUUUCUGUUAUCCAGUCUGAACCUCUCCAGAUGCAGCUUUGAGCCAUUCCCAUUCCAUGUUGCUGGAUGCCAGGAACACACCAGCACUCCCUCUCCCUCUGCAGGUCUGCUCCUCAGGGAGCUGUACAGAGCAAUGAGGUCACCCCUGAGCCGCCUCCUCUCCAAACCAGACAAACCCAGAGCCCUCAGCCGCUCCUCACAGGAUGUGCCUUCCAGCCCUUCCACCAGCUCUGUUAUCCUCCUCUGGACCAUUCCAGGCCCUUCUCACCCUUCUCAGACUCUGGGGCCCAGCACUGCACACAGGACUCAGGGCAAAUGUUAAAUUUAAUAGAAAUCUGCUAACCAGAGAACACUAUUUAAAAUUCCUGUGCUUCAAUAAAAUGUAAAAACCAAAACAACAUGCUGAAGCAGGCUGUGAAGUAAAAGAGCAGUGACCACAAGUCUCACUGUGAAGAGGGAAACAAAAGGUCAGUUUCUUAUUGAUCACAUCUGCAACUAUUACAGCUUGCUGGAAAAAGACUAUUUUGGCAUUCGAUAUGUUGACCCUGAGAAGCAGAGGCACUGGCUGGAGCCCAACAAGUCCAUCUUCAAGCAAAUGAAAUCUCAUCCACCAUAUACCAUGUGCUUUAGAGUGAAAUUCUACCCACAUGAGCCCUUGAAGAUUAAAGAAGAGCUCACCAGAUACCUCUUAUAUCUACAAAUAAAAAGGGACAUUUUCCAUGGCCGUUUGCUGUGCUCCUUUUCUGAUGCUGCCUACUUGGGUGCUUGUAUAGUCCAAGCUGAGCUUGGUGAUUAUGAUCCUGAUGAACACCCAGAGAAUUACAUCAGUGACUUUAAGAUUUUUCCGAAGCAGUCACAAAAGCUUGAGAAGAAAAUAGCUGAAAUGCAUAAAAAUGAAUUCAGAGGUCAGAGCCCAGCUGUUGCUGAAUUUAACUUGCUUCUUAAAGCAAAUUCUUUGGAAACUUAUGGUGUUGAUCCUCAUCCUUGCAAGGACUCAUUCGGGACAACUACAUUUUUAGGAUUCACAGCUGCAGGAUUUGUAGUUUUCCAGGGGAAUAAAAGAAUUCAUUUAUUAAAAUGGUGUGAUGUCUAUAAACUGAAAUUUGAAGGGAAGACAUUUUAUGUGUUUGGAGCUCAGAAAGAGAAGAAGGCUGUGCUGUCAUUCCAUACCUCUACACCAGCAGCCUGCAAGCAUCUUUGGAAGUGUGGGGUGGAGAACCAGGCUUUUUACAAGUAUGCAAAGUCCAGUCAGAUCAAGACAAUGUCCAGCAGCAAGAUAUUUUUUAAAGGCAGUAGAUUUCGAUACAGUGGAAAAGUAGCCAAAGAGGUGGUGGAGGCAAGCUCUAAAAUCCAGAGGGAACCUCCUGAAGUUCACAGAACAAGCAUUACCCAGAGUCGCAGCUCUCCCUCCUUGAACAAGCAACUCAUAAUCAACAUGGAACCUCUGCAGCCUCUCCUUCCUUCUCCCUGCGAGGAGGAAGAGGUUCCUGUAGAUGAAGGUAUCCAACUGCCAAAGGAAGAGGAGAUUUCAGUACCUGUGACUUCAAGCUCUCCAGUAAAGGAUACUGGGAAGGAUGUUGAUCUUGCCAUUGAACAGGAAGAGAAGAUGAAAGAGGAGCCCUUAACCAUCUCAGAGCUGGUAUACAAUCCAAGUGCCAGCUUGCUGCCCACACCAGUUAAUGAUGAGAUUGACAUGCUUUUUGAUACCUUCCCAAGAGCAGAGAAUGAGAAAGAUGAUACCGAUUCAUUUGAGGAACUUGAAGCAGAUGAAAACGCAUUUUUAAUUGCAGAGGAGGAAGAACUGAAAGAAGCUCGGAGAGCCCUGAGGUGGAGCUAUGACUUUCUAGUGGGCAACAUAGAGGUGAAUGCUUUUGUGAAGAGUUUCUCCAGACUUUUUCUUGUAGGCCUUGGACUAUUGUUGUUUGUGUUCCCCCUUUUCCUUGUUCUCUUGGAGUCAGACCUUCAAAUCUCUUUCCUUCACGAAAUCCGCCAGACGCCGGAGUUUCAGCAGUUUCAUAUUGAAUAUUACUGCCCACUUAGGCAGUGGAUGGCUUGCAAAAUAAACUUCAUCCGUGAUAUUCUGGGCAGCUUUUAAAUUUUACAUGAAUAUAAUACAACUAAGGGCUAUAUUCAAAAUUUCAGUUAGUGACAGCUUUCCAUAAUGCCCCUGGGCCCAUCUGUUGGCAGCUGCCUUCAUAUCCUCUUUUACAGUUUUUGUUACAGACUCUUUAGGUUCUUAAGUUCCCUUUACAUACUUUAAUUGCCAUUUUAGCUACCAGCUUAUACAGUCACCUCUCAAUAACCAAAAAGAAGCUUUAUUUUAAUUACAUUUCAGACUUCCACCUCAUUUAUUACAUUAUAUAAGACAGGGUCACAAGAAGUUUCAUUGUCCUUAACCUUUCAAUCCAUGACACUAAAACUGAUGAUAUUGAAAGAAAAUCUUUUUGAAUAUACUCCUUAGUGCAACAAUCUCUUCUAACCAAUGCCUAUACAAGCAAUGUUUAUGCUGGGUUUUUGGUUUUUGUUUGUUUUUCUGUUUGUUUGUUUUUUAACAUUUUUAUGUGUUUAAGAUAUUUUGGUAAAUUUUUAGUAAAAGAAAACUUAUGAUGUUAUUUAAAUGUACACAUUGGUAAGAAUAAUGCAGAAGGGCAUGCAGGGUGUUUUUAGUGUUCUACCAAUGAUUUGUUUUUAAACUAUGGCUGGAGAAUGAAUUUAAUGUAGCUCUAUACAAAGGGACUGUGUUUGGGAAACACACAGAAAGUUCACUCAAGUUCUGUAGGGGCUGCCUGGGCGAGGUGAAACAACAGCAAGUAUGCAAAAGAAUUUCUGAAAGGCACAGUUCUAAAGCUUGGGGAAGUGAGCAGAACUGAAAUGAUCCUUCCUCUUAUCUGUCAGGUUGUCUUCCACUUUAUCAGUUCUGUAGAAAGUCUUUACAAGAUAGUCCAAGUACGUUUAGAGAAAGAUUGAGUCUUCAGUCUAAAUGUAGAUUACUGUACAUAACAGAAGACAAUAAUAGUAAGUAGCAAAAAAAAAAAAAAAAAAGGAAAAAAAAAAAAGGAAAAAAAAG